CUUGCGUUUGAGCCCUACUCCUUUGUCUACUCCUCUUCCUUCAAUACGGCCGUCGCACCUCUUCACGGAGCCUCCACUCUCCGUCAGCCUUUUGGUCUCUUCCUCUCCAGUCUCCACUGAAGUUUCUCUCGGUGUGUUCAAUAGAAAUAUUUCUCCAGAACCAUGAGGCCGAUUUUGAUGAAAGGCCACGAGAGGCCGCUGACGUUUCUCAAGUACAACAGAGAUGGAGAUCUUCUUUUCUCUUGUGCUAAGGAUCACAAUCCCACCGUCUGGUUUGCUGACAAUGGUGAACGCUUGGGCACUUAUCGUGGACACAAUGGCGCUGUUUGGUGCUGUGAUGUCUCAAGAGAUUCAAUGUGUCUUAUAACUGGAAGUGCGGAUCAGACAGCAAAGUUAUGGAGUGUUCAAACUGGACAGCAGUUGUUCACAUUCAAUUUUGAUUCUCCUGCUAGGUCUGUGGAUUUUGCUGUGGGCGACAAACUUGCUGUUAUUACAACUGAUCCCUUCAUGGAAUUGUCUUCUGCAAUUCAUGUCAAACGCAUCGCUAGAGACGCCAGUGACCAGACUGGCGAGUCUAUACUGAUCAUUAAAGGCCCUCAGGGAAGAAUAAAUAGAGCCAUUUGGGGGCCACUAAACAAAACCAUUAUUAGUGCUGGAGAAGAUGCAGUGAUCCGCAUAUGGGAUUCUGAGACAGGAAAGCUACUUAAGGAGGUAGACAAGGAAUCUGGCCACAAAAAGACAAUAACAUCUCUUGCAAAAUCCGCAGAUGGCUCACAUUUCCUGACUGGCUCCCUUGAUAAAUCGGCUAAGCUUUGGGAUGCCAGAUCGUUGUCUCUUAUCAAGACAUAUGUAACAGAACGCCCAGUCAAUGCAGUGGCCAUGUCGCCUCUUCUUGACCAGGUGGUGCUUGGAGGUGGUCAAGAUGCAUCAGCUGUUACUACUACUGAUCAUCGUGCUGGAAAAUUUGAAGCCAAGUUUUUUGAUAAGAUUCUCCAAGAAGAAAUUGGGGGUGUGAAGGGACAUUUUGGACCAAUUAAUGCACUUGCCUUUAAUCCUGAUGGCAAGAGCUUCUCAAGUGGAGGUGAAGAUGGUUAUGUAAGGUUGCAUCACUUUGACCCAGAUUACUUCAAUAUUAAAAUUUAGGCCUGGAGAGUGUUUUUUUUUUUUUUUUUAUGAGGGAAGGGAUCAGUCUUUUUUUUUUUUUUUUAAAGCAAGGGAUCAGAGAGGAAUUUAACUUGUAAUUUGUGGCACUUUAUAUUUUUGUAAGCUCCAACGUGAUUAUUAAAGCUUACUAUAUUAACGUCGCUUUGAGGCAAUUUGUGAGUUUUAUGGAUUAGGUGAUUUAUUUACGAUUGUUGUUAAUUCCAUCAUCAAUUUUGAA